UGACACACCUGAACCUUAUAGGUAAUAGGUAUAUAAACCUAUCUUUUGUUGCAAACUUUUUAAUGUUGGAUGUCAAAUCUGAACCAUGUCACUGGACCCCCUUUUUACAGACUGAGACCGAUUAAGGACGUCUAUGAACUGCUGCACACUAUGGCCCGGACACGUUCAGAUUCCGGUCUAUCCAGCGCCCGGCUGGGAAUGACGUCAUCCAAUUACCUGUCAUCAUAUGGCGGUCAGCUGGCCACAUCAACUCCUCUGACGGCAACCCCAGCUGCUGGCCUGAAGGCUGUGUCGACGCCAUCAGCAGCGGGUCUGACCCCAGGUCUGAGGGUGGCACUGCAGGAGUCAGCCAGGGUGCGGCGGAGACUGGCCGAUGAGCUGACCAAGGAGGCCAUAGCGUCCACGGAGCGUGGUGGCGGCGACUUUGCGGGCCGCUGGCCGCCUCGGCGACCCGUACCAGCCGACCUCACCACCUCAAUGGUCUCUGCGCUGGGCUCUCCCGCUCUCCGGCGCCCCUCGCCCUCUCUCCGGCGCUCGCCCUCUCCCCGUCGCCGACGGUCGACCUCGCCACCGGCCGCGUCCUCGUCAGACCUCAUGCAGAGCUGUGGGGAUGGCACUGACAGCGGCGAAAGUGGCGCAGCGCGGCUGACGGCGCGGCGGAGACAUUCGUCGGAGGGGGGUAUUAGUGGAGUUAGCACCAUCUCAUCCAGGUCGAUGCCGGAGUGGGGCCCGGUGGAUGCAGCUCAAGAGGUAGAUGUGGUUGGAAUGACGGACAGCCGGAAGGAGAGAGUGGGAAAAGACAGAGCGAAGGCGCAGCGAGAGGCGAGAGGGCCAACCAAUCGGACGGAGAGAGGCCAAGAGGAGGAGAGAGGCAGUGAGGAGCGCCUGGACGCAGCGGGGGACACGAGAAGGCGGCGGGCGGCGGUGGUGCGGGGUACAAGACAGCGACCUGAGGCAUCCCUGCGCCGCCGGGACUCGGGAGAUAGACGGCUGGAUGGGAGGGGUGAUGGAGGCGACUCCAGGCAAUACAAAGAAGGAAGAGGUAGUCGACGAACGCGUCAGGAGAAGCGAGCCGGGAGGGCGGCUGCGGAAAUAAAGCACCAAGAGACCGCGCACCAGGGCGUUGGCUAUCAGGACCAGGAGACUCCUCAGCAAGGUGUGAUAUACCAGGACCAGGGAAGCUCUGAGCAAGCAGUGCGCUAUCAGGAGACCUCACAACAGGAGGCACACUACCCGGAAGCGUCCCAGAGGCCCCACCGGGACCAGGAGACACGCCCAUCUCGAGGAAACCGACACCCGGAGAACCUACCUCAGGUCUCCCGCGGCUGGGAGCCACACACCACACAUACCGGACCGACUCCCGACCCUUCCCUUCCCUUCUGGGAGCCCCCUCGGGACCGGGAGUUUAGGGAGACCCCCGGUCCCGGCUCCCAGAGGACUGACGGUGGGGGUCGGUCGGUGGGUCCGUCUGUAUGGGAGACCCCCGCGUGGUCCGCCGUCUCCCGGCCCAGCCCUGUGGCUGGCAGUGUGAGGUAUCUGCUGGAACAUACGGUGGCGGGUCGGUCGGCCACCGCAGCGACACCAGCGGCGCACGAUGGAGCGACGGCAGAGGGAGAGGAAGGGGAAGCGGCGGCCGGCCCGUCCGCCGAGCGCCGUCAGCUGCUGGACGCGGUCAGCGGGGCGCUGAGCUGCCAGCUGGAGGACGAAGCCGACCGGCUGCGGCGGCUGCACCGGCAGCAGCUGCAGCAGCUGCGCGCCGAGCUGGAGCAGCUGCAGUGCGAGCGGCAGCUGGAGACGGACCAGCUGAGAGAGCAGGUGGCGGUGGCGGAGCGGACGCUGCAGCAGGCCAGUCGGGAGCACAGCCGUCAGCUGGCGGCCAGGGACAGUCAGCUGACGGCGCUCAGGGAGGAGCUCACUCACACCCGGCAGCAGCAUCAGCUGGACAGACAGAGACUGGUGUCGGAGCUGUCGCGGUCGUUGGAACAGGAGCGUUCGGCGCUGCGCCGCCGCCAUGGCCGGCAGCUGCUGACUCUCAGCCAGUCAGCAGCUGCCCGGCUGGCCGACUCGGCGCAGCAGCAGCAGCUGGCCACACAGCAUCUGCUGGUCACUGUCAAGUCCCUAGAGCUGGAGUUGGACCGUCGUCAGGAGCAACUGGAGGCGGUACGCUCCAGGAGUGCUGAGCUGGAGAGACUCCUGCAGAAGAGAAGGACCUCCCGACGCUCCGUCGGCACUCAAAUGCGAUCGGACUCUGCGCCGCCAGACAGCUCUACCGCUGCCUCUACCAGUUCGAGGACUGGUAGACUGGCCGCCUCCCCCGCCACCGCGGCUCCUGAGGCCUCCCCGGCUGCCGCCCCUGAAGCCGCCGCUGUCUCUGGAUCUACCCCUACCUCUGGUCCUGGCACCGCCGCUGUCUCAGGAACCUCCCCCACCGCCGCCCCUGCAGCCGCCUCUGCGACCGCCGCUCCUGGAGCCCCUGGAGCCGCCUCUGCGACCGCCCCGCCCGCCUCAGCCGACCUCAGUGGCCUGCAGCUGCAGCUGGCGGCUGCCCACCAGCUGGCCGCACAGCUGCGAGAACAGCUGCAGAGCCGAGACGAGGCGGAGACGGCCGCUCUGGCGGAGCAGUGCAGACAGUGGGAGGGACGACUGGAGCAGCAGCUGAACGAGCACGCCGCUCACGCGCAGUCUGAGGAGACGGCUCACCGUGAGCAGAUGGCGCUACAGUCGCGCUCCGCCGAAGAAAAGAUGGCGCUGCUGCAGUCCCAGGUGGCGUUACUGUCGCUGGAGAUGGCCGGCAAAGCUGGCUUGGCAGCGCAAAUAAGUAGCGGCCUGAUCGACCAAUCAGUGACCUCAAAAAUGAACUCUCCCGGCAAUGGGGGAGGCCAGGAAUCUGCGGUCCAAGCUGAGCCGUCCUGACAGCCUCCGGUAAAAUGAACUCUUCCAUCGGUGGGGGAGGUAGUUAUCUUUUCUGCAACUCUUCUCUGCAACUGCCAACUUUCAGCAGAUCUGAUGGCGCUCCCGCCCAAACGAGCCGGAUAGAGGCGACAUGUGAUACAACUUUGUUUCUGAUAGCCCUGCCCGAUGGCCGUAUGGCAGACGUUUAUAGUUUAGAUCGGGACCAAUGUUUGAGCUGUGUUACCAUAGGGACCAGCAUCCAUGUGUGCUUUUAUUAGGGAAUUGAUAAAGAUGUGUUUUCAAUACGAGGAUGCUGUAAUAGAGUGAUCGUUUUGGUA